AUGCCGGGCAACGGCAGCGGGGAGCUGGGCAACGCCACCGCGCCGGGAGCGGCGCCCGGCUACAACUUCGCCGCCUUGGUCUUCGGCGUCUCGCUCAUCCUCUGCGUGCUGGGCGGGAACCUGCUGGUCUGCCUGAGCGUCUGCUCCGAGCGCGCCCUCAAGACCACCACCAACUACUUCAUCGUCAGCCUGGCCGUGGCCGACCUGCUGCUGGCCCUGCUCGUCCUGCCCCUCUACGUCUACUCCGAGUUCCAGGGAGGAGUGUGGGCCUUGAGCACGGGUCUGUGUGACGCACUGAUGACCAUGGAUGUGAUGCUGUGCACGGCCUCUAUCUUCAACCUCUGUGCUAUCAGCGUGGAUCGGUUCAUCGCCGUUUCCAUCCCGCUGAACUACAACCGGCAGCAGAUCGACCUGCGGCAGCUGAUCCUCAUCUCCACCACUUGGAUCUUUGCUUUCGCCGUGGCAUCCCCAGUCAUCUUCGGCCUCAACAACGUCCCAGACAGGGACCCCACCUUGUGUCAGCUGGAGGAUAACAACUACAUUGUUUACUCCUCCAUCUGCUCCUUCUUCAUCCCCUGUCCGGUCAUGCUGGUCCUCUACUGUGCCAUGUUCCAGGGACUGAAGCGGUGGGAGGAGGCCAGGAAAGCCAAGCUGAAGAGCAGCGUGUAUGCGGGUGGCCAGAAGCUGUGCUGCCCACCUCCCCUCCUGGAGAGGAAGCAGGCUGAGAUCAAGCUGCAGGAGUGCAGUCUGUAUGACCGCUCCGAGUGCUCUUUCCCCAUGGGGUACAUGAUGAACAGUGGCAUCCAGACUGUCUCCUGCCCUCACCUCAAGUACUCCCACCCAGCACACAAACAGAAACAGGCCAAGAUCAAUGGCCGUGAGAGGAAGGCUAUGAAGGUGCUGCCGGUUGUGGUCGGCGCUUUCCUCUGCUGCUGGACACCCUUCUUUGUAGUACAUAUAACAAGAGCCCUGUGCAAAUCCUGCACCAUCCCCAGUCAGGUCACCAGCAUUGUCACCUGGCUGGGCUACGUCAACAGUGCCCUUAACCCCAUCAUCUACACCAUCUUCAACACAGAGUUCAGGAAAUUCUUCCGCAAAGCUUUGCACUUCUUCUGCUGAGAUUGGUGCCUGCUGGAGUCAGAGAGGAACUAAAGCACAGGGCACAGCAGGGAGUAAAGAUGACCCAGUGGGUUUUUUUGUAUA